UAGAACGUAUUGUAAUCUUUUCUCAGUCCAACGUGGUUCCUUCUGAGAGUCUGUUGCGUAUUUUCUACACUUGUUUGACUUAUGAGGAGUUGGUGAGAGUGAUGAACUCUGAGCAGGAAAGGCCGUUUGUGUGCAGUGCCCCUGGCUGUUCUCAGCGAUUCCCCACAGAGGACCACCUGAUGAUUCACCGGCACAAGCAUGAGAUGACUCUGAAGUUCCCCUCCAUAAAGAUCGACAGCAUGUUAUCAGACCAGACGCCGACCCCGACGCGCUUCCUGAAAAACUGUGAGGAGGUGGGUCUGUUCAGCGAGCUGGACUGUUCUAUAGAACAGGAGUUCAGGAAGGCCCAGGAGGAAGAGGACAACAAACAGGUAGACAAGAUGACAAAUAUCUCUCUACAUGGCCAGAACCUCCAGAACCAGCAGCAUCACUCUCGGAUGGGGAACCAUGACAACAGCAUAGUGAUCCAGCAGGGCCUGUCCUCUCCCCAGUCCAACUCUGUCAUCACCCAGGCCCCCUCCACCAACAGACAGCUAGGGUGAGACCUCCAGUCCACACCGCCUGGAUGAACCAAAACAUUAACUAACACACGCUCAACUAACAUUAGACCUGGGUCAAAUACAGUACAUGUCAAAUAUGCUAUUUUAGUAUGCU